AUGGCACCACCAAAGAAGAAUGCUAUUAAAAUGGACUUGAGUUCCUUCUUGGAGGACGAAACUUUCAAUGAAAGUUGGACUGCCGACGAAGUUGAUUUAAACAACAUUAGUAUUCCUAUCCAGAACGUCGCAGCUACCAAUACUAUUUCGUUGGAUGAUUUUUCAAGGUCCACAGCUAAGGGUAGUGGUAACAGAUUUGGCGGUGGGAAAUUGGAUCCAGCUUUGAGAAAAGAACGUGAAGAGUACCCAAUUCCAGACUUCCCACCUUUCAAGGCCAUCAUCAACAACAUUCCAUGGGAUAUUACAGAAAUUGGUAUCCAACAGUGGGUUGAAGACGGUUUGAAUAAGGAAGGUGCUGUCUUGGAAGUUAUGGCUCCAAGACACCCGGACAACGAUAGACUUAAGGGUAUGGCCUUUGUUACAUUCAACGAACGUUCUGAUUUGGAGAAGGCUUUGACCUUUAGUUCGUCCAAGUUAAAUGAUCGUACCGUUUACGUUUCUGUUGCUGCGCCAAGAAGCAACUACGGUGGUCGUUCCAACUUCGAUGAUAUGGACUGGUCCGGUGCCAGAGGUUCCAACUUCAGGGAGGGUGGAAGAGAGGCCGGCCCAGAACCAGAUUGGUCCGCUGCUAGGGGUUCUAACUUCAGAGAAUCUAGAACUAGGGAAGCUGGUCUAGAACCAGAUUGGUCUUCUGCUAGAGGCUCCAAUUUCAGAGAACCAAGAGAACCAAGAGAGCCUGUCCCUGAACCAGAUUGGUCUUCUGCUAGAGGUUCUCAUUUCAGAGAAGCUAGAGAGCCAAGAGAGCCAAGAGAGCCUGUUGCAGAACCAGAUUGGACUUCUGCUAGAGGUUCCCACUUUAAGGAAGCCAGAGAACCAAGAGAAGCUGUUCCAGAACCAGAUUGGUCUUCUGCCAGAGGUUCCCACUUCAAGGAAAGUAAACCAAGAGCUCCAGAACCAGACUGGUCUUCUGCUAGAGGCUCCCAUUUCAGAGACCAAAAACCAAGAAGCCCUGAACCAGACUGGUCUGAUGCCAGAGGUUCUCACUUCAAGGAAUCAAAACAAAGAGGUCCUGAUAUCGACUGGUCCGCUGCAAGAGGCACCAAAUUCGGUAGACAAUCAGAAUCUACUCCAGCUCCAAAGAAAUCUUACUCUCGCAAAGAGAAUGCUCAACAACAAAAACCAGAAGAAACUCCAAAGGUUGUAAAAUCGGCAUUCGCUGUGUUGUCCACUGAAGACGACGACGAAGACGAAGACGAGACUGAGCAAGAUCAAAAUCAAGAACAAAAGACUGCUGAUGAUGUUGAAGUUCUUGAAAAGUCUACCAAAGGGUUGAGCAUCGACCAAGAUGAUAAUGAGGAAUGGGAAACCGUUGGUAAGAAAUAA